AAUCGCGAUGCGAGAGAGAUUGGUGAAGAGAAAUGAAGUAGCCCGAAAGUAGCUUGUAAGCGCGCGAUGUGCUUGACGCCGCGAGUGCCGACACGUCGCUGCCGCUACCGAGAAUGGAGGCUGAAGUCAGAGUGUACACCGUAGGCACGCUUAAUCGAAUCGUGGUGAUUUGUUAUGGAUUUUCGGGCGUGAAUGACGUGUUGACGCACUAUAACAGCGAACCAAGUUUCGCGGUAGCGCCAGUAUCAUAAAAUAAACACACGCGAAUCGAGAGACUGUGUAACGUCGUUAUCGUACUAAAAUAUAUGAAAAAGUUAUAUAAAACGCGACGAUGUUUAUUGGAAUGACCGAUCGAUUGAAAUGCUGAAUGAGAAGCGACAUAGAGAUUCGAUGUCCGAUGGAUUUGCUUUGUGCCUCUAAAAUGGGAAUUGCAACUCGGCAAAAGGAUUGAAUGGAUGCGCUGAAUAUAAAUUUUACAUUGUUCCAUUAACACUGUUCGAUUCUAGUUCAAACUCCAAAAAAUAUUAUUUAUUGAGGUACUAAAUGCGAUCGCUUGAUACACCAUGAGUUUUUUCUCGUAUUAUUAGACAUUCAGAUUAAUAUGUAGAUAGUUGACAACUUGGAACUGAUUUGCAUUAUGAUUAUGAAUACUUGACAAAUACGUUAUGAUGCAUUAAAUGGCAGCUGAUUCUAAUCUUAAAUAUUAUGAUCUUUGAUAAACUGUGAAGUGCAAGCUUUUACGACACAGCUUUUAAAUAUCAACAGUGAAGAUGUAAGACAUCUCAAAUGUACUUUAUACAACUGCAAACAAAAAAGAUUGUUUAUUGAUCAUAUUUUUUUUAAUUACAUGACAAGUUUAUUGAUUGCUUGAAUAAGGAUAGAAUAUUUCUGAAAGUUUUCCUGUGAUAUUUUGAUGUAUAUUGUGAAUGAAAAAUUAUAAACUUAUAGCAGACAUAAAAAUUAAUUUUAAUAAUCCAAUUGAAUGUCAUUGACUAAGGAAAAGAGUGAUAUGGAUUGCUAAUCUCGCAUUACAUGCACCAGCUGUGAAUAUUAUGGAGCAGAGUGAAGGAAAUGUCUCCAAUAUAACUAAGAGUCAUCGUACAAGGAUGGGGAUUCCAAUAAGAAUUCUAGGAUAGAGAAUUCACAACACGGAUCUCAAACUAGCACCAAACUGUCCCUGUGUUGCGCCAUGACCGAACGUAGCAGAACACCGCCUCAGAGCUUGACUGUCAGCAGACUUUCCCCAACAUUAAGUCGCACUUCGGUCAAAUCCGAGGUAGCUUCCACUAAUGGUGAUUGUCAAACGGAUGCUUUAGUCGAGAAGGAAGAGAUGUAUGUUGCAAGUGGUCAGAUUCACGCAUCUCAAGAGACAGUAAUGAAGAGGAAUAUGGUAGCAGCGGGGAAGGAGCAGCGUCAUAGUGCUUAUAUAGAAGACUCGACGGAAGACUCAUUCGAAGAAUCUUCAGAAGAUGAAAACGAACGUCUAAUUGAGUCUGAAAAAACUCACAGAUACUUUAAGGAUGAGUACUUUACAAAGGGGAAGUAUAUCAGUUACUUCUUCCUGGAAAUGGAACGGAUGUUCUACAAUCCUGCAGAAGUUUACAGUAUGAUUCAGUAUCACGAUACUGAUUGCGAAAAGCUGGGGAAAGAAGGAGAAAAUUCUUCUUCCGGAUCGCUAUCGCCGAGUAUAUCGGGUCACAUACGUCGUAGAUUGCUUCAUAGGAGAUCCGCGGAUAAUCUGAUGGUGAAUUCACCCACAAAUUCCAUGAGACACUCUAGUCCGGAAUCUAUUAAGAGCGCGCCGAUUCAGCACAAGCCGCGUUCGACGUCGCACGAUGCUCUGUCAAAAAAGAAAGAUCGCUACUUUUGUCAGACGACAGGUGCAUCUAUGGAUAGCUUGGCGAAGCAAUCGUUGCUUGCCGCACAAGUACUUAAUUUAAUUCCCACUCAGAAGGCGCGGGAAAGAAACUUUCUUCACGGAAGAAUCGCUGCUAAUUCCCUGCUCGGACCGGUGGAACUUGAGAAAGUAUUGCCGAAUCGUGAGCUGAAAAUUUUUAUCGGCACGUGGAAUAUGAACGGUCAGACACCACCGAAGGAGUUGAACGACUUUAUGCUGCCGUCCGAUAUAGAGACCGUUCCCGAUCUGUUGGCUAUAGGAACGCAGGAGUCGUGCUCUGAACGAAACGAGUGGGAGGCGGCCCUGCAAGAGACCCUCGGCCCUUCGCACGUGCUGCUCACUAGCAGUAGCCUCGGCACACUUCAUCUCGCGUUAUUCCUGAGACGAGAUCUGAUCUGGUUCUGCUCCAUCCCGGAAGAGGACAGCUUCUCGACGAGGACCGGUACGGCGUUUAGAACGAAGGGCGCGGUGGCGAUAGCCCUCAUGAUAUUCGGCACUAGUUUCCUCUUCGUCACCGCGCACUUGACCGCGCAUCAAGAUAAAGUGAAGGAACGAGUUAAUGAUAUAAAGAGAAUCGUGAGAAAUCUUGACCUUCCCAAGGAGCUACCCACCAGGCACAAGAGCAAAGACGUGACGCAAAAUUUCGAUUGCGUGUUUUGGUGCGGCGACUUGAACUUCCGCCUGGCUCAGCCGAGGGAGGAGGUAAUUGAAUGGAUCACGAACACGUGCUUUCCGCAGGAAUCGCCGAUAAACCUACAUAAAGAUCAGCUGAGAAGCAUUCUGAACGAUGGCGCGGUAUUGCGCGGCUUCGAGGAAGCCUCCAUCACCUUCCCGCCCACGUACAAGUACGAUCCGGGAACGCAGAAUUUCGAUUCCAGUAGCAAGCAACGCACUCCUGCGUACACCGACAGAAUCCUCUUCAAGGGGAAGGGCCACACCAGAGGCUACAUCAGACGUGUCAGUCAUGAUAUCUCCAGUUCCCACAAGGAUGGAGCUAUCGAGUGUUUGGUUUACGAUUCCGUUCCCAGUAUUUGUACCUCGGAUCACAAGCCGGUCUGGGGAGUUUUUAAAACCACACUGAGGCCGGGUAUCGAUACAAUUCCGCUCGGUGCUGGACUUUUCAAUCGCGAGGUAUACCUGGAAGGUAUUAGGAGGCGCGCAGCUGCGAUGGAUGAUUCUCUGGGAACUUCAAAAGUUUGUUCGAUUCAAUAAGCAAGUCCGAGACUAUUGUGAGCGCUUUAACACAACAAUUUGGUAAUGUAUCUAUAGGUAAAGCUAUCUGCUGGUUUUUAAGUACUAGGCCGUACGGGAGAACAAUCGUUUUGCAUCGUUCUCGCUCGAUUCGUAAUAGAUGUUAUGUUUCUUUUUUACGAUUUACGUAUUCGCUAAGUCUGUCCAUUUUUUACAGCGGUAAUGGAAAACAUUUUUCUAGAGAUUUGUAUAAUAGGUUAGUAUUACCAGUGAGCAUCGUAAAAGUCUAGUCAAACAGUGAAAUAAAUUGACCGUUUAGCGAUUUAGGUGCGGAUUUUAUAAACGUACUGUCGGCAUAUACUCCGACUCGUAUUGUGCCACACAUAUUAUGAGGAAGAUAAAAUAUUUGGCUCUAUGAUAUUUUCGAUAUUGCCAAAAAAUUAUUAAAAAGCGCUCUUUAAGCGUAACGCCGUAAAUUUGGUUUGAUAUAGAUUUUUGUAGCAAACUCUUUAUAACGCAAUAUUUACUAAAAUGCAAUUUGAUUAAUUGAUACUUUAGAAAUUGAAAAAAAAAAAUGCAAGAAUUUGUGUGCAAAAUGUAUCAUAAGAUGAUUUUAUGAAUAUUAAGCAUACUUAAAUAGAUUAUUACUAUAAUUAGAUCAACAUAUAUUAGCCAAAUUUAUUUUCUUUCCAAAAUGUUCCAGUUUUCUUUUUAGAUGUAAUAUAAGUCGUAUACCAAACUACUGGGUCCCAAUAUGAAACUAUUAUAAUUAGUUGUAAAAAUAUUUAUAUAAUGAUAUGUAUAUAUGAGUUCCAUUUUUAUUUGUUAAUCGUGUUAUUAUUGGAAUAUUCUUAUUUAUUGGGACCAUCUAUUGUAUUGAGUCUUAAAAAAAGAUUUAAAAUGGAAUAGAAUAUUUUUCCUUGAGUAUUAUAUAUAUAUAUAUAUAACAACUGCAUCAGCAAUUAAUUACUGAAUAGCGUUAUUGUUUGGAUAGCAUAGCGUUUUUAACAGCUCUUAAAAGAAACAGUUUAUAGCAUUAAGCUCAAAGAGUGAUUAAUAUUUCGUAAUAAUAGAAGAUGUCCUACCAUUUUUAUCAUACCUCUAUUAUUAUUAUUCGCAAAGAAUAAUGACAGCAAGUUUAUGGCUAAUGAUAAAACCCCAAAUACACAAUAUUGUUACACAAUAAAUGUGCACAAAUGAGAUAUCUAUAUUUAUAGCAGUUUUAGAGAUUUACCAUUUGUUCCAUCAAAACUAUGACAAAAUAUUUGAAAGACAGUCGCCUACAUGUACAAUAUGUGAUACAUUGUAGUCAUAUUAUAUAUUUUUUAAACAAUUCACUCUGGCUAUUAUUUAUGAUUAUUAGAGCAAUUAAAUAAUUUCUUGAGUACAAAUAUUUUUUAAUGUAAUUAUAAUUAUUAUAAUUUUGUUAUGUCAUAUUUCGUUGCGUUUUUAUACUGAAAUGAUUUUAUUGUUACUGUUAGACUAAUUUAUUUCUAUAACCGAUUGUUUUCAAGAAUUUAUAUCUAAUGUAUAAAAUAAGCACAAUAUUAUGUAUCUAGGGGAUGAUCGUAUAUAUAUAUAUCUUUAUUACUUCAGCUAUUGCCAAGAAGGGAAGGGAUGACCGUAUAUGUAUUCUUAACAGUAACUGAAGAAAGAACAGAGACUACUGCUGGACAAACAAGCAACAAUAUAUAAAUUACUAAUAAAAAGAUAACGUUAUAUCUAGUUGAUGAACAAUACAUAGUAUUAUAAAAGUUAAUAUAAAAGUUAAGCUCCACAAAAACGCUUGGAGUGGUGUUUACGCUUAAAGGUUCCACUAAGUAUAGUGCAGAACGUAAAUGUUGAAUAGAGAGGAAAGUGCUUAUACUUAUUGCAACAUAAUGUAUUAAAAGAAAAAGACAAGUAUAUAAUAUAUUACAUGUUAGGCGAUAAGUGAUAUAGAAAUAUAAGUAUUUUGAAGAGAAUACGAUUUGGUGGGAUUUGUCGGUUAAACUAUUAGACUUAUAAUAUAUGUAUUCUAUUAUUCCAUUGCAAGUAAAAUAAUUAAAAGAUUUAAAAUAAUCAUAGGGUGCUUGCACACUGAACAAAUAAUCAAAACGAUAAAUCUUAAAUUGGAAAAAAGUGUUUCUAUGUGUCCUGACAGAGACAUUUUCUGUCAUGUAUUGGAUAUUUUAGUAACCUGUGACAACUCCUUUUUUGUAGCCGCGCAAAAACAGGUUGCCAAUCAAGGUGCCUAAAAUCUAUCUUUCGUAUACUGAUUCUGAGCCUUCUAUAAUGAAGUGAAACAAAGAAUUAAAGAUCUUCAAAAUCAGGUUGCCUUAACCAUGCCUUAUCUAAAUCGUUACAUAUGUAGUUAUGUAUUUGAUCUGUGAGUUUGCAAUUCUAUUGAGAUUGUACUUGAUUUAGAUCUCUGCCCUAAUUAGGAAAGGAAAAGUGCAGUGAAAUAAAUCAUCUAUGUUGUAAUUAUUUCUGUAAUGAUAUCUGAAUAAAUGUCCCAAAGUAAACUUAAU